GGUGUUAUCUCAUUUAUCUAUAGCCAUUGAACAAGAGUACUAUCUGCUUACUUUCAAUUGCUUUCAUAUUUAUUUUAUUUUAUGACCAAGCAAGUCCUAUCAAUUGAUAUAUAAAGACCAUCCUUUAUGAUCUUCCUCAUCACCCUUUGCUUACUUUCCUUCCAAUAUUAUUCCUCAUAGAUCAUAAACACUUUAUCUUCUUUUCCAUUUUAGAUACAUUUCACCCAACUUUUCCUCCUCUUUUUAAAUACCACACCACCUAAAUAACAAUUGCACUCUCAAUAUUGUUGUGAUCUUAAUUAUUUUAUAAUUAUUAAUUUCAAUAUGUCAGGUAAUAAGAGAAACCAAACAAGUCCUGUAGGAAGUCCAACAUCAGGAAACAUCUCAGACAGUUUAUCAUCAAAAGAACAAGACAGGUUCCUACCAAUUGCUAACGUGAGCCGUAUAAUGAAAAGAGCACUUCCAGCAAAUGCUAAAAUCUCAAAAGAAGCAAAAGAAACGGUUCAAGAAUGUGUCUCUGAGUUCAUUAGUUUCAUUACUGGUGAAGCUUCUGAUAAGUGUCAGAGAGAAAAAAGGAAAACAAUUAAUGGUGAUGAUCUUCUUUGGGCUAUGACAACACUUGGUUUUGAAAACUAUGUUGGUCCAUUGAAAGUUUAUCUUAAUAAUUAUAGGGAAAUUGAAGGGGAAAAGAGUAAUUCUAGUGCUACUAAACAAGAUGAUCAAUAUGAUCAUAAUUCUUGUUCAAUUGAUGUUAAUGAUCUUGGUGGUGGAUUUUAUGCUCCAAAGAGGUUCCAAGAGAUUAAUGGAGGGAUUCUGGAUUAUAGAGUAAUUGGUCAAAGUGUGGUGAAUAAUGGUAAUAGUGAUGAAACAGAACAUGCAAUUGGAAGUGGUAAUAAAAUCAUGCCACCAAACCUACGUUACAGGGUUGAAUGGUAGAUAGAUAGCAAUGUGCAACAAGUUUGAUUCCUUCCCCAUUAUUAUAUUAUGUUUUAAAUAAUAGUAUUUUAUUGUAGUAACUCUGUUUAGUGAUUGGCUAGAUCGAUCAGGGGACGAUUUAAUCAGUUUAAUUACUUCAAAUCUAAUUAUAUAUCUUUUGGAUUUAUGUGUUAAUUUUAUUUGCUCAAGGAAUAUUUACAUCUGUGAAUAUGAUCAUGUACUAAAUGAUCAGCCAUCAAAAAUCUAAUAGGUGAUGGGUGAGUUCAUCCUUUUCAUAUCAA